UGGACUGUGAGGUGGGGCCACUUCGCCCCAACCCCUCAGACCCCACCCCGGGACCAAGUCGGAGCCCCUCCCCUGCCCCCUGCAAGCCCCCCACACCCACCCCAUGAUCUAGCUUUUACUCACCUUCCUGUUUCCUCUUUCAGCAUUUCCCAGACUGAGCCUCUCCCCCGAGCAGGACACCUCCUUUCCCCCAGUCUUCUCCUAGUUGGCUCCUUAUUUCUUUAUUUCUUACUGGGGUCCUAGAAAACGCCAGCACCCCCACUUGCACCGCCUGGUCUUCUUUUCAGCACUCUCUAACUGUAGCCUGUCCUAUCUCAACACUGUUCCAUAUAUUCCUGGUCUCUUCUGGAACAUUCCAUGCAGCCAUUCUUUGACAUGGCCACACUUAUUGCCCGACUCUGCCUCAACACUGUCCCAAUGAUGCCGCCUUCUCCUUUAUAAACACUCCUCUUGGCCAAUUUUUGUGUUACCCCAAUACUCCCUCAUUUACUCCCUGACUGGGUCUAUAUAUACCUCCUUGACAAACCUUUCUAUUAAUCCCACCAUCCUCCAAAACCUCCUGCCCUAACUCCAUCCCUCCUCCUUUUCCCUCUCAAGCUCUACCCUUCCCUGCUCCGUUUUACCCACAAUUUACGGUCAACCGCAAUCCCCCACCAUGCUCCCCUGAACCUCCAAGGAGGGGGCUCAGGGGGCCCGAUGGCCUCCCGCCCUCCGUGGCCCCCUAGCCCCCGUGGGCCAGGGGCAGCGCCUCGGAAGCCCCAGCGCCAACAAUGGGCAAUGGCACGUGGGAGGGCUGCCAGGUGGACUCGCGUGUGGACCACCUCUUCCCGCCAUCCCUCUACAUCUUCGUCAUCGGCGUGGGGCUGCCCACCAACUGCCUGGCCCUGUGGGCCGCCUACCGCCAGGUGCGGCAGCACAACGAGCUGGGCGUCUACCUGAUGAACCUCAGCAUCGCCGACCUGCUGUACAUCUGCACGCUGCCCCUGUGGGUCGACUACUUCCUGCACCACGACAACUGGAUCCACGGCCCUGGCUCCUGCAAGCUCUUCGGCUUCAUCUUCUACACCAACAUCUACAUCAGCAUCGCCUUCCUGUGCUGCAUCUCGGUGGACCGCUACCUGGCCGUGGCCCACCCGCUGCGGUUCGCCCGCCUGCGCCGCGUCAAGACGGCCGUGGCCGUGAGCUCCGUGGUCUGGGCCACGGAGCUGGGCGCCAACUCAGCCCCCCUGUUCCACGACGAGCUCUUCCGCGACCGCUACAACCACACCUUCUGCUUCGAGAAGUUCCCCAUGGAGGGCUGGGUGGCCUGGAUGAACCUCUACCGGGUCUUCGUUGGCUUCCUCUUCCCGUGGGCGCUCAUGCUGCUGUCGUACCGCGGCAUCCUGCGGGCCGUGCGGGGCAGCGUGUCCACCGAGCGCCAGGAGAAGGCCAAGAUUAAGCGUCUGGCCCUCAGCCUCAUCGCCAUCGUGCUGGUCUGCUUCGCGCCCUACCACGUGCUCCUGCUUUCCCGCAGCGCCGUCUACCUGGGCCGCCCCUUGGACUGUGGCUUCGAGGAGCGGGUCUUCUCCGCCUACCACAGCUCGCUGGCCUUCACCAGCCUCAACUGCGUGGCCGACCCCAUCCUCUACUGCCUGGUCAACGAGGGCGCCCGUGGUGAUGUGGUCAAGGCCCUGCACAACCUGCUCCGCUUCCUGGCCAGCGACAAGCCCCAGGAGAUGGCCAACGCCUCGCUCACGCUGGAGACCCCGCUCACAUCCAAGGGCAACAGCAUGGCGAGGGCCGUGGCGGCCAGCUGGGCAGCGGUGCCGACACCGUCCCCGGGGGACCAGGUGCAGCUGAAGAUGCUGCCACCAGCCCUGUGACCCCCAGCUGGCACGGAGGCCCCAGGCCUCAGGUCUCUUCCCUCCUGCUCGGCUGUAUGCAAACUGUAUGUAAAUAAGGCCUGUUAAUAUUCAUAAGAAUACAAGA